AUGGCUCGAUUUGCUAUCUUAGUCCUCUUAGUGACCACGCUCAACGUUAUCUGCAAUGCUGCUCCCAGUGAAAGGCAGGAAGCAUUUGACGUGACUACCACCAGCGAUCGCUGGUCUUGGACAGAUUGUAGCGAUGGCUCAUUCCCAGUGCACAUUGAGAGCAUUGAAAUCUAUCCCGACCCGCCUGAGAAAGGAAAGGACAUGACUGUCACAGUUGUUGGCACCGCGGAUAAGCAGAUUGAGGAGGGCGCAUAUGCAGACGUCGUUGUUAAAGUUGGUGCUAUCAAGCUUCUUCAAAAGGAGUUCGAUGUUUGCGAGGAAGCGCGAGGUGCAAAUGCUAGUAUCCAGUGCCCUGUUGCUGAAGGCAAGCACCAGGUCAUACACACCGUGACACUGCCGAAAGAGAUUCCUCCUGCUCCAUUUGCUGUCAGCAUACGCGGUUACACAGUGGAUGACGAGGAUAUGGCAUGUGUCGAAAUGAAGAUUGACUUUAGGCCUCAGAGACCCCGUCUGUUGGGCUGGUAAUCGUUCUUGCAGGAUGUUAUGACUCACGGGGCACGCUCUUAUUUCACGAAUCUGAUGUCGUUUGUAACGUCUCGUACUUCAUCCGCUUUGUUCUGUAUACGCUAAGCAUCUUUUUUCAAGUUAUCCGCUAUGCAUGUUGUUCAGGAUGGUGGUAGACGAUGGCCGAUGCGUAGUGUUUGGAUUUUAUGUACUUGCUCUUGGUUCCG